AAUAAUUAUAUAAAACUUUAUUUAUUAUAUUUAUUUAUUUAUUUUUGAUUAUACUUUUAAUAAAACAAAAUGAAUAACAGACCAGGUCAAUACGGCUCACCAGCUCCAGGAUCCUACAACUAUCCACCACAACAAGGUUACCAACACCCACCACCACAACAAGGUUACCCACCACAACAUGGAUACCCACCACAACCACACUAUCCACCACAACACUUACCACCACAACAAUAUGCUGCUCCACCAGUCCACCACUACCAUCCACAUCCACCACACCAUGGUCAUCCACCAGCUGUUGGUUAUUACGCUGCUGUUCCAGUUGGUCCACCAGUUGCCCUUGGAGGUGUUACUUUUGUUAAAUUCUUUUACUAUGCUAGAUCAAGAUAUGCUCGUGAUUACACUUUAAUUAUUGAUAAAUCAGGCAGUAUGGCUGGCCCACUCUGGAAACAAGCUGAAGGUGCUGUUGCCAAAAUUGCUCCAUUCGCUUGUGGUGCUGAUCCAGAUGGUAUUUCACUCUAUUUCUUCUCAAGUCCAUCACCAAGACAUCCAAAAUACGAUAACAUUAGAGACGGUAAUAUGGUUAUGGGCUUAUUUGCUCGUGAAAGACCAAAUGGUACCACCGAUUUAUAUGGUGUUUUAAAUCAAGCCAUCAACGAUCACUUUGCCAAAGGUAACAAACCAGAAACUAUUUUAGUUAUCACUGAUGGUAUUCCAAAUUCUGAAAGUGAUGUUAUUAAUCUUAUCGUUAAUACCACCAAGAGAAUUUCAAGCCCAGAAGAUCUUUCAAUCUCAUUCAUUCAAAUCGGUCACGAUAAAGCUGCCUCAAAAUUCCUCAAGAAAUUAGAUGAUGACUUAAAGAAGAAAGGUGCUAGAUACGAUAUUGUUGAUUGUGUUACUGCCGAUGAAAUGAGACAUUUAACCUUCGAAACUUUAAUUGACAAAUCAAUGUAUGAUUAAAUUUAUACAUUUUAAGCAAACAAUUAAAAUUUUUAAAAAAAAAAGAAUAAUAAUAACAACUAAAUUCAAAAAAAACAAUCAUGUUGAUAACAAUAUUAAAACUAUAAAAUAAAAUAAUGUACUUUAUUAAAUAUUUAUUUAUUU